CACACCCUGGUGGUCGACCUUAUAAGCUACCAGGACUGUGAUUUGCAUAACUAAGCAUGGGCUACAUGGCAUUGGAUUCAUUUGGGUUUAAUUAGUUUUACUAUUACAGCCUAAUGAGAUUAGCCUUUGGAUCUGUUACAACAAAAAUGAUGUAAAUCUGUUGGUAAAAAAAAAAAGGGUCUACCACAAAUUUUCAUAUCAUCAACAGCUAGGAAUAAACUGAUAAUACUGUCCUCUAUAGCACCUUCUGUUUUCUCCUUGCUUUCGGUUUCCUCCAUACCUGGUCAUCCUCUCCAUUCUCUACUUAUUAUAUUGCUGUUCUUUCUUUACCUUGUGUAAAAAUCAAAACAUAAACUCUUCAAUGUUAAAGAAAGGUUCGAAACGAGGGAGCUCAUCAAGAGGAGGGCGCAUUUUUUAUGAAGAGAAUAGCUUGCUUAAAUUUAGCAGAAUCAAGAAAACUAAUCUUCCUGCUGAUAAUGAUGAUGACUUUUUCAAUACAAGAAAUAGCCAGGAUCAGGUUGUAACUCCCUCCAACUCGAGUUCGCCUUAUAAUAUUGUCUCUCCGGUGGAGAAGUCUCCAAGGUCCUCUCAGAGGAUCACCAACAUUCCUUUUGAAGACAAUGAUGAUAAUUUCUCUCCUAAUGUGCUAAUGGGGUCAUUAGUACGAGAAGAGGGUCAUAUUUAUUCAUUGGCUGCAUCCGGUGAUCUUCUUUAUACUGGUUCUGAUAGCAAGAAUAUAAGGGUUUGGAAGAAUCAGAAGGAGUUUCCAGGGUUUAAAUCGAAUAGUGGAUUGGUUAAAGCAAUUGUGAUUUCUGGUGCAACGAUAUUUACAGGGCAUCAAGAUGGGAAAAUACGGGUAUGGAAGGUCUCAUCCAAGGAUCCAAGUAUUCAUAAACGUGUAGGGACCUUACCAACUAUGAGGGAUUACUUCAACAACUCGAUGAAAACAAGUAAUUAUAUUGAAGUUAAACGCCACAAGAAUGCGGUAUGGUACAAACAUAGCGAUGCAAUUUCAUGUCUUAGCUUGAGCGAAGAUAAGACAUUUCUUUAUUCAUCAUCAUGGGACAAGACUUUUAAAGUUUGGAGAAUAUCCAAUUCUAGAUGCCUUGAAUCAGUCAUUUCUCACGAUGAUGCUGUUAAUUCAAUCGUUGCCGGAAACGAUGGCCUAGUCUUUACAGGAUCAGCUGAUGGAACUGUCAAGGUUUGGAGGAGAGAAUUACAAGGGACAGGAACCAAACAUUUCUUUUCACAAACGUUGUUGAAACAAGAAUGUGCUGUUACGGCAGUGGCGGUUAAUCCUAACGCCACAGUUGUCUAUUGUGGCUCAUCAGAUGGGCUUGUUAACUUCUGGGAACGUGAAAAACAUAUGUCUCAUGGUGGUGUUUUAAGAGGUCAUAAAUUGGCCAUUCUAUGCUUAGUUACAGCAGGGAGCCUCCUGUUUAGCGGCUCAGCUGAUAUGGGAAUAUGUGUGUGGAGGAGAAUGGGAAACGAUCACAUAUGUUUGUCGUUGUUAGCAGGCCACAAAGGACCUGUCAAGUGCUUGGCUGCAGAGAAAGAUCACGAGUCCGCGCCGAACGAGAGGCGAUGGAUUUUGUACAGUGGCAGCCUUGAUAAGUCUGUAAAGAUGUGGAGAGUAUCUGAAAACGCACCACCAAUGGCAUGGAGAGGCUGUCCUAGUAGUGCUCCUACCUCCAUGCCAAGUUCACUGCCAGCAGCUACAAGCUUCCCAGCUCAGACCAGGAAUAAUUAACGAUAUUCGCAAUUAAAAAAGAAGAAGAAGAAGAGAAAAAAAGAGGUUAUGUAUAUGUGAUUCGUUACCUUAAAAAAUGAAAUUGGAAAUUUUCAAUUCUUUCACCAAUUCAGUUGUUUUUGCAGUCAGAUCAAAUAAAAAUAUUGAUGAGUUCUUACA